AUGGCGGAAGCGUACCUGUCGAACAAAAGAAUUUACGAGCUGCUGUCAACGAACAGCUACAGAGGACAGGAGAGGGGCAUCCUGCGGGUGUUCGAGAGGAGGUACUGCAAGGUGCUGACCUACCUGCGCACGGAUAAUAAGCGGCAGGAAUUUAUUUCCCUAAAGCUCCAGCAGUUUAUAAAUGAGCACCUGAGCUUCAGUGACUCCAAGGCGUAUUUCUUCGGUUUUUCGAAGGAGCUGCUGGUGCACUGCAUGCGGGUGUAUUACUACGAGCAGCUCUGCUCGGCCGCCAACUGCGGGGGGAGCGGCGAUGAGGGGGAUAGUGGCGCCGAUGCAGAUGCGCGGCUGUUCGCCCUCCUGGAGAGGAACGCGGACCGACUGGAAAUGGGCAAGCUGCACGAGCUGUACUGCGACGAGUAUUUCUACCUCUUCAAAAACGUGCUGUGCGUGCUGAAGGCGUGCGGGGUGUUCUACGCCUACCCGAGUUACAAAGCGGAGGACCUGGCGUUCGAGAGGAACUUCUUCUUUACGCUCUUCCAGGUGCUGGAGGCGAAGCUCAACAUCCAGCAGCUGUUGCAGAUUUAUUUGGAUAAUUACAAAGACACCAAUAAUUACUUUCACAUGAUUAAGAGGACAGAUGUGGAGAGCAGGACGUGGGUCUAUAAGUACAUUCUCCUCUUUCUAAACGUCCAGAUUUGCUGCGUUAAUAUAUUUUUUUAUAUGCAGCUGAGGCUGAAUGUUUUUUCGCAGUGCAAUUUGAAGGCCAUGGUGAGCAUGUUUCUGUCCUCCUCUCAGGUAGAUAGCCACAGGGUGUUGGGCCUCUGGGAGGGGGAGGAAGGGGAAGAAGCGGAGGAAGGGGAAGAAGCGGAGGAAGGUGAAGAAGCUGAAGGGGGAGUCGGAAGAAGGGGCCGCCCCCACAGAGACAUCGUCACGGACACCCUCCUACAGAAGGAGUACUCCAUAAUUUUCCUCCUAGCUUCGGUGAGCAACCUACUAACUUGGGAUGAGCACAACAAACUGGUGAAGGGGGUGUCUCCCCAGUCGGCCAUUUUAAUGAAAUUUUUUUUUCUCUUUAAUGGUGAAAGGAACUUUAAAAAUUAUGAGGAGAACAUCCGCAUGGUGGCCGAGUGCCUACCGCACCUAUACGAAUUAAUCACCCGGUUCUGCCUCAUGGGGGAUAAUUUCAUAUACAAGAGGAUGAUCCUGCGUGUGCUUAACAAUGCUCUGUGCACCGAGAGGGAAAGGGAAGGCGGCGGGCUCCCCUUCGAUGAAGACGCCGAUUUGGGAAACAACAAUAACAGCUGCUCGGAUAACACAGAGGAGAUGGGAGGGGGAGGUGGUGCCCCCCUUUUCAGUGGAGACCCCCAAUGGGGAAGAAGGUCCCGGCGGAGCGACCACCCACCGUACUAUGAAGUGAGACGGGGAAGGGACCCCCGCCUGGGGGGGGGGGAUGACUUCUCCUCCGCGUCAAACGGUAUGGCGGAGGAGGGCGGCAGUGGAAAGAUGCGUCAGGGAGGCCUCACCCCCAUGACCGAGAGAGACAUCAACUUUUCGCUCAUCAAAAAUAUGAAGAAGCACCUGGAGAAGAAGGCAUUUUUUAAAAAGACAAUCGAUUUGAAGUUGUUCCUGAAGAUCUGCGCGCUCCUGUGCUGUAAGGACGACUACAUUUUGUUUAGCCAGGACAUACUGAAGGAGGGGCGGAACAUUCAGCUGUGCCUGGAGUACCUGCAGGGGGACGACGCUCAGGUGGAGGUCGAUCUGUACGCGCACAGGUACUUCCUGCACGACUUCCGCUACAGCAGCACGGAGAUCGUCACGACCGAGGAGGAGCGGAGGAAGGUCGUCUCGCCCUACCUCUCCAUAGAGAGCAAAAAUGUUUUGCUGGAAAUCUCGACUCUUUUUUUCUCCUACGAUUAUUUGAAGUGGUACGGCAGGGGGGGAAGCGGUGGCAGGGGGGGCAACGAUUGGAGGGAGGGCCCCCCCCCGACUGGCGGCCCAAAAGACGACCCUUCACUCGUUGGCGGCCACCGGGAUGACUCCCUGUACCACCCCGUAAUUCUGCAAAACGUGAACCGCCUCCUCCUGGAAAUGUUCUGCGGCAAAAUCAGCAACUCGUCGGUGGAGCACCUCAUCAUGUUCAAUCACAACUUGCUGUGCAUUUAUAGAAUUUUAAAAGCGCUGAUCGGAACGAGUGCCAAUUUGGUCAGCUUCAGCGAAGUGGUGAAGAGAGUUGAUGCAAUUUCGAGGAGGAAUGACACCCGAAUGGUGGCCGUCAACACCACGGAGGAGUUCGUAGUAACCGUCUUGGAAAACUCACUCUACUACAAAAUAAUGGAGACGUUGAAGAGGAAGAAGCUCAAUCCUAGCGGCGUGUUCAUCACCUACAUAGAGUAUUACUACAUCCUACUAGACUUUUACUGCAAAUAUAUUUACAGCAAUUUUGUGAACAACAGGAGGAAGGAUUUCCUGGGCGAGAAUUUUUUCCCCACCUUCCAGAGCAUCACUCUUUUUUUUUGCAAAAUUUUAAAAAUUAACAAGUGCUUUCAUGUGCUGAUCGAAAUAAAGCUCAAUAGCUACUUCGGCCUGGGCUACGACGUCUUCAACAGCUUCGUCAGCCUCUUCACCUUCCUUUUUUUUCUCUCAUUGAGGUAUAAGGAGGUGAGUAGAGGGGUGAGCGAAGGGGUGAGCAGGGAGACGAACAAAGAGGUGACCAAACAGACGACCAAACAGACGAACGGAGAGACGAACGGAGAGACGAAUGGGCUGAACGAGGAGAUCGCCACCUGCCUGCUCUUCCUUUUGAAGAGGAUAAACAUUAACAAACUCAAUGCCUUCAUUUUCCAAAUUUUUUCCCACCUGGAGCAUGAGGACUUGCUGCGGAGGGAGAAGCGGGAAGGCGCGCAGGAGAGGCCGCGGAACAUGUUCAGCUCGUCGGACAGGGAGAACACGCACACGAAUGGGGACGACGAGCGGGGGGAGGGCCCCUCCAGCAGCGAUCGCAACCCCCUCGCGGUGGACUUCAACGCGGUGGACUUCGCCAGGGAGAACUUCGCCGCGGAGAAUUACGCCACGGAGAACCUCUUCAGCCGCGCAGACAGCUGCGGCGACCUCGCCAACUUCAAAUACGAGAAGGACCAAAUGGACAUCAAGGAGAACUUCCGAAUCGACAUCUCCUUCCUGAAGAUGUUCGUCCUGCUGGACGAGGUGCGCCGGGUGCGCUUGCCCGCCCCAGGGAGCGACCUUGGGAGCGACAUUGGGAACGACCUUGGCAGUGAGAGGGGAAGCGACAUUGGCAGUCAAAGCGACAGCAGUCACAGCGAUCGAAGUGAUAGAAGCGAUCGAAGUGAUAGGAGCGAUCGAAGCGAUAGGAGCGAUCGAAGCGAUAGGAGCGAUCGAAGUGAUAGAAGCGAUCGAAGCGAUAGGAGCGAUAGAAGUGAUCACACCAGCCAGAGCGAUUUCUCCAACCGCUCCACCCCGCGCGGGCAGGAUAACACGGCGGAUCGCACCGCGAAUCACACCGCGGAGCACAUCGCUGAGCACUUCAGCCUGGAGGAGGUGUGCGUGGUGACGCUGAUGCACCUGUUCGAAGCGGAGGAGCACAAGGCGGGCUUCGUCGGGGACCUGCUCAGGGUGUACGAGGAGGAAAAAAAAAAACAAAUCUACCCCUGCACGGAGGCGAUUUUAAAAAUAUUUCAAAAAAUCAUCAAAAGGAAGGGCAGCGCCUACUUCCACCAGGAUGUGUAUAAGUCCUUCCAAAACAAAGUGCUGCAGAUGAUCGACAGUGUGGAGACCCUCCAAAGGAAGUGGGUCGCCUGGGUCUUCACCCAUUGUGAUGACACCUUCAAAAGGGAAAAAGACAUAGACAUUAAGAAACUGGUGAAGCUGUUCUUUGCCUCCCUCUAUAAAUUUUUGAAACGAUACUUCGUGCAGAUAAACGCAUUUUUAACAAAAAAAAAAAGAUACAGCAGCUACAUCCGAUUUGAUGACUUUUAUUUUUUCCUCUUCUCGAAAUAUAUCAACAGAAUUUUCACCGAGAAUUUCUCCUCCUCCUUCAUUUUUAAGCUGACCAAGUACUCCAUCCUGAAUGUGUCCAUUUCGAUUGUGAAUUACAUGCUGAAGAUGAUUAACAUGGUGAACGUGCAACGGUUGAGGGAUGUGCAUAGCGAGUUGAGCAGUUCUUUGGCCACCACCUUAGCGAUGCACCCUCCCCUUUUGAAGCGGCCCACUGGGGAGCAUCAGCCCCACCGGAAGGAGGACACAACGGAGGAGCUGCUGCCCCUCCACGCGGAGCAGAAGAGUCAGUCGAUGCCAUUCUGCACACAAAAUGGGAGCAGACACGAGUCAUCCACCUUCAACAGUUUCAUGAAAAAUAUUAUUAUUAACCACAAGACGUUGCUGAACAAGCCAGAGCUGUACUCCUCAAAGAGAGUUAACAUUUUCCAAAUAGGGAGAGACCCAGGGAAUCAGGCCAGCAAGGGCUACACCGUGGAUUACUUGGAGGACAUCCUCCUGCUCGAAAAGGGGAAUCACAAUUGGAAGCUGAUGGGGAGUAACGGCGUUUUCCCAAACGGGGUUCUCCCAAAUGGGGGAAUUACCUCCCUGCAGCAGCACGAGUUUUCUAAUAAUGGGGGAGAUCCGUUUGACGAUACCCACAUGGAUACGUUCCAAACGAAUGCGCAAAGGAAUCACCGCGCGGGGAACGUUGAGCGGCUGCUUCACCCAUCCACCGUGAACUUCAAUAUGAAUGGCUCCUCAAUCAAUGGGAACUCCUCCAACUUAAAUGCGACAUUUGAAGCGGAAACGGAAGAGUUAUCGCCUGUAGAGAAAUACAACUUCACUUUUUCCAGAUUUUUCAAUCACAUAAAAAAUUUUCUAAAUAUCGUGCUGCAAAAUAAUUACGUUUUUUUUCUCAGCGACUUUUUACUUAUGCAUUAUGAACAGUCAGGUAAAAAGCACAAUUUGUUCCAAUAUAACCUGAACAAGUCAGGUGGAUUUUACUCCGUUUUUAACUUCCUCAUUAACGAGUAUAUUGAGAAUUACUACAAGGAUAGACACUCCCAUUUGGGGGUUGGCUCUGUGAAGACUCCACCGUUUAGGAAGCUGAACGAGCAGGUGGUCAAUCGCAUUUUGCUCCUCUUUUCGCUGCUUCUGGAGGCCUCCUGCCAGCUCUCCUUUUUGGAGGAGGUGAACAGCGUGUGUGCGAACAUUUCGAAUCAGAUUUUUUCCCUCUUCGACGCGUCGCACUUGAUUUUGAGUUUAUUUUCGAAGGUCACCCUGAGCGUCAUUCCGAAGAACGACCUCGUCAGCCAAGCCAUCAACAACGACAUCCUGAGCAUCGAAAAAAGGCAGGCGGAGGAGAAGCGGGAAAUCCUCACCAUAUCCCUGCUCUACUUCCUUACAUAUAACUACAAAAAUAUAUGCAGUUUUUAUUUGAGCCUGAAUCGAUUUUUUAAAAUGAACCACUUCAAUAACAUAUAUUUCCUGUGCAAGUACAGCGAGGGGUUCCUGCCCCUCCCGAAGGUCAUCAACAUGUUCCUGCAGAAGAUUCGGUUCUGUUUGAAAAACGCCAAAAGUGCAACGGCAGAUAAUGUGAAGCUGGCCUACAUGAAGAGGGUCUUCCAGGUGCUCAAGUUUGUCUACGCUUUCGUAAAAGAGAACGACUUGAUAACCGUUUCUGUGUUUCGCGAUCUGUUUGACCUCCUCCUGUGCAUCGUGGAGGGGUACGUGGAGGGUUACGUGGAGGGGUACGUGGAGGAGAGCUCAGUGGAGCAGCCGCAGAAGCAGAAGCAGCGGCACCCCCCCUGCGAAGUGGCGUCUUACCAGUUCUACCACCUGCGCGUUUUGAAUUUGGCCCUCCACUUUGCCAACGCGAUUUAUUUUAACCUGGCCCAGAUGGGGAAGCGGCCCGGGGAUGCUCCAAGGAAGGGGGACUCUCCAAGGAAAGGCGACUCUCCAAGGAAAGGCGACUCUCCAAGGAAAGGCGACUCUCCAAGGAAAGGCGACUCUCCAAGGAAAGGCGACUCUCCAAGGAAAGGCGACUCUCCAAGGAAAGGCGACUCCCCAAAGAAGGGAGAUUCUCCAAAGAAGAGGGACCCUCCCAAGGAAGAAGGCCCAGGGGAAGAAGACCCAAGGGAAGAAGAUCCCAAGGAGGAGGGGCUCUACCGAAAGGAGCCAUUCUGGCAUACCGUAGAAAAGCUACUAGACCUGUUCACGCGGAGGUUAAAAAGAAACACAGACAAAUUCGUGCACUCUAGGACCCACCGCCUAUACACAAAGGAAGCAAAAAGAGAGUUAACCCACUACAUGCAUAACCUCAAUAUCAUGAGCGAGCUCUUCGAGCUCAUCGUCAAAGGGGUCUACACCAAUGAGAGGCUGGUGUACAGACUAGUCAUUCGCAUUUCCUACGAUCCGACCAUCUGUAGCGUAUUCUUUAACAUACGGUACGACAGCAUGCACCAAAUGAUGAGGACCUACCAGGACCUCCACAGGAAAAAAAGGGACACCUCAGAAAGCAUCAAAAUGUUGCUCAUGAAUUGCAGAGGGGUGCAUGUGAAAGCACACGGACCCAUCAGUGACGACGCGCUAAUUGAAAAUGUCCUUGCCGUUAUCAACCAGAGGAAGAUAAACCAGAGGUAUAUCCUCAACCUGAACGAGCAAGGUAAUUUGUCCCAUCGGUCAGGUGAUAGCAUCUUCGAGGAGACUAGCCACUGCGUUUCGAUGAAGAGCCUAAUUCAGAAGAAGGUGGAGCUGUUAGAUGCCGACUAUGUGUAUAAUAGAAUGUUCCACGGGAAGGCGAAAAGAUAUGGGAAGAAGAAUUUCCUCUUCGACGUUAGGAACUACCUCUACUGUGUGGACGUCAGUGCAGGGGGGGGGAGCGCUCAUGGGAUUGGCUGUGGGAGUGGUGGCGGUAGCGCUGAUGGGAGCGCCGUCGCGCAGGGGCACCUCCACCCAAUUGACCUAUUUCCAGGGGCCAGGUUCCCACCUGGUAGAGCGGCGCAUAUGGCAGGAAGGGCAGUCCAUGAGGGGGGGAGGCGCGCCCAAGGGGUACUUCCCCGGGGAGACCUCAAUAGGGAAUACCUCAGCAGGGAGGACCCCCACAGGGAAGGCCUCAAUAGGGAAGGCCACAACCGCGCACCGCUCCACAGCGGAGAGCACAAGCCGGAUCAAACGCUAAGGAAAAAAAUAGACGCGUCGAUUUUUGGUAACCUGCAGAGUAUUUUGCCGGAGGAGGGGAAGCAGCGCCCGGGUCAUCCCGCAGGAGCAGCCAAGGGUAGCAGCAGUAGUAAUAGUGGUGGUGGUAGUGGUGGUGCCCCCCCCGAAUUGAUUAACAAAUCUGUAAAUGCAGAAUCAAGUGCGAAUGAACCCGAGUCGCUGCCCGGGAGGGACCCCUCGGGGGAGCAGGGCGAGUGGCCCUUCAGCGCGUACUGCGCAGAGCACUGGGUCGACCCGUUCUUUCCCCCGAGUGACGAGCACAUGGAAAGGAAGAAAAAAAAAAAAAAGGAAAAAAAAACAAAACAGAACGCGCAUAAUAGCAGCGUCGACUCGGUGGUGAACUCCCCCUCGAGCAUAUUCCUCUUUUCGAAAUUUUUCCAAAACGAAGUGGACUGCAUGCAGUAUAUUAACCUCACGCAGAGCACCUACGACAGCAGGAUGAGGUUACUCCUGCUGCUGUACAAGCUGGUGAUUAUAAUAAAACAUAGGGAGUUGCUCCACGAUGAGGUCUUCCAGAAGGAGGAGAGCCAAGCACUGAAGGGGGCCAACAUAAGUGGGAGCUCUCCCUUCCUCUUCUUCAUAUUCGAGGCGGUCAUUACGUUUAUUACCCCUUCAGGAGAAGUGAGCAAAAACGCGCUGUACUACAUCCUGGUUUCUAACAUUUUGAUUAACCUGCUGAGCAUCAUCAGUUCGAGGGGUUUUGCUGGCCACUCGGAGGAACACACAUCGAAGCAGCAACCGUCCGUGGAAAAGAAGCGAAGCAACGACAGGGGCUCCCUAAAACAACAGAGCCACGAUUCGCUGGUGAGCGAGGAGGGGAUGGACCUCUACCACCAGGGUAGCUUCUACACAGACAUGUUCUCCCACGAGUCGUUCAUUUCGAAUGUAAAAAAUAGGAACGACCACAUGGUCUUUGACAUUCUGAGCGGCAUGACGAGGCAGGAGGUGGACAAGUAUCGUCUCGUGGGGGGGGCCGCCCACCCGGGACACUCCCACACAGAAGGGAAAAAAAAAAAAAAAAAAAAAAAAAAAAAAAAAUCAAGUCAAAAAGGUGAAAAAAAAAAGUCAAAUCAGAACAGCCUCACACACGAUGUGCCGCUCCUGCUCUCCCUGUUCAUCCGCUGCAUCACUCUGCACGUCCAAAACUUUAAGUUCCACCCCCAGAAUUUGUACCUCCAGAGGAACUUCAACGCAUUGUAUGUGCCCAGCGCCAUCCUCAAGUGCAUGUACCCCGCGAACCAUUUUAACAUCAGCCUGUUUGUCAACCUGCUGGAGCUGUUCUACGUAACCAUUCGGAUUUACAGCAAUCACUUUGUGGGACUCAGCUGGCCGCUCUUCCACGGGGGGGGAAGCGGCAUCCCUCAGCGAGGACGGGGCAGCAGCGGCGAUGCGGAGCAGGAGCAGCCGCGGAAGCAGCACCAGACGCAGACGCAGCACCACCUGACGCAACCGCUUCACCGCCUGCACCUGUACGUGGCGACGCUGAAUGGAGUCCUGGAGGACUGCUACCGGGCCCACCACGAAAACAUGAAGAACCGAGACAGCCACGUGGCCAAGGCGAGCCCAAUCGAGCGCAUGCUGCUGUAUUUCCUCUACAACAGAAUAAACACCGUGUACGACCUUUUCUAUAACUUCUUCCUAACCUGCCUGAGGGAGAAAAAAAAAAAAAAAAAAAAAAUUUUCGACGCAGCAAAUGAGUACAUCUAUGGGUUCUUAAAAAACGACAUCUACGAGCAGAUCAACAGAAUCAAUAACUUUCUGGAUUCUACCGAGUACUACGAUUUCUACGUGAACACGCUGACCUUCAUGGUUUUAAACCAGCAGACGUGCCUGCACAUCAUCAGGGGGGACAUGCUCACGAAGCUGCUCUACGUGCCCGACAUAUAUCAUGCCAUCUUUGACAGGAGCAAGACCUUCAGCGCCAUUUACUACCUGAACCACGAGCAGCAGUAUGUGCGGAACAAGAACCACAUCAUUCUUUGCUCCCUCAUUGUGCUGCUAAUAAAGAUGCUGUACGUUUUUGUGAAGAAUGUCCGGGGGGGGGCGGCACGAGAAGAAGUGAAGGGAGCACCAGAAGAGGACGCCAAUGCCGCAAUCGCAAUGGCACGAGAAGAGAACGCCAAUGCCGCAAUCGCAAUGGCACGAGAAGAGAACGCCAAAGCCGCAAUCGCAAUGGCACGAGAAGAGAACGCCAAUGCCGCAAUCGCAAUGGCACGAGAAGAGAACGCCAAAGCCGCAAUCGCAAUCGCCGUGGCCCCCGCGGUGGAGGGCGAAGCGGAGUUCUUCCUGGACGCCAUGCUGAGCAUCAUAAGCAAGCUGUCCGACCGAAUAAACUUCAUCUUCUUAAAAAUAGAAAAAAUAAACUGCCUGGCCAUUUUCGAAGAAUCCUACCUGUACGUGGAGCUGCUGACCAAGACCUCCUACUACUGCAACUGCUUCAACAUCAAUCAGCUGUUGAUAUCUCUGAUGAGCAAGGGGGUGGAGCACCACCUGUUUUACAUUAACAGAAUUUUGGAGAAAUUCAUUUUUGAAAAGGAGGUCAUCAUCGAUCCGUACAGCCCCUAUGAAAUCAGUGCAUCUACGAGUGAGUCAGUCGACAAGGAGAAGAGGAAGAGGAGGAGGAGGAACGACUUAUCUUUAUUCACUCAGAGGGUCCUCUACCUCUGCUACAAAUGUAUUUUAAAUUAUAACACCAUCGUGGUAAACAUAAUUCAGACGCCGUAUUUCACCUACUCUUAUUUCGUGGUGCACCUCUAUAUUUUGCUGCUCAAGUCCACGCGCCUGGUCACCAACAUCAUCGAGCACUUCGGCCGCAAGAACACCACGCUCAUCCGCACGGUCAAGGUGCAGGGGGGGCUCUCGUACGUGCCCAUCUGCCUGGACAUCGUGAACUCCGUGAAGGAGAAGAAGCGGGAGAAGAUCCACUACGCGCGGGGCACGGCCAAGUCCAGCCUGAGCUGCUACCUGAGCGACAGCCACUCGGGCAGCGACGCCUCCAACUACCUGGGGGAGGUCCUCCAAUACAACCGAUCGAUCGACGAGUACGUCCACACGAAGAGGGUCUACAGAGACGACUACAUGUUUAACUUCCUCCCAGAAAUGAUAGAGUUGAAGAGCUAUUAUGACAUUCUUGGGGAGAUCCUCGAGAGAAGUGCCUUUUUGGGGGCCUUUAUUUUGGAGAAGCUGAAGGACACCUGCGAAGACUCGUGCCUCAAGCAGAUCCUCAUCAGCAACGUCUGCUCCUACCUCAUCCACAUCAACGCCACGCUCCUGCCCUCCAACAUCUGCACCAGCAGCUUGAAGAAGAAGUGCUCCCUCAUCUACAACUACGUCGUGAACAUGCAUAAGAAGUGA